GCCAGCGAAGAGAUGGCGUCCCCUCCCUCUCAGCGCGUACCGCUCCCGGGCCACUCGCUGGUGUGGCCGCUCGUGUGAGCCUUGCCCAGGCCAGGGCCAUAUGGGCCCACGCCCUUGAUGUCUGUGUGCCCAUCCAUUUGUUCUUCCCAGAUUCUUAGGAUUUUCAAAUGUCCAAGGAAGAGGAACCAGAACUUAAAAAGCAGGAUAUAGCUGCGAGAAUCAUUCAGAGGUCCUGGAAAUGUUUCCUUAAUGUUGCUAUAUUCCAACACUUGAAAAGACUGAUUGACUUAAGAAGACAAGGGGAGCCACGUCAGAUAGUGAGACAUAUCAAUCCUAAAGAGGCAGAGCUUCUGGACGCUGCUGCUGGCAUCCACAUACGAUUCAGGUUAGGUGGAGUCAAAUUUCCUCCUGACAUCUACUAUAAGAUUUUUACUCAGAGACCUAUCGAAGACUUGUGUGCUAACAGCCCUAGAGAUUACACAAAGCUUCCAGCAAAACGCACGAGUCACAAUAAGAGUAACCCGCCUCACGAGGAGGACCACAGCAGCUGGUAUCGUCGGGUAGAAAACAACGGAUGGAGGCCAGUUUGUGACAGAUUCUGGAUACCAACUGACAAUAAAGUGGUGGAAAGCAAAAAGGAAACCGAAUUCCAUUUCUCUAAACUGAAGAGAAGGCAAGAUUUGGAGAAGAAAAGGAAAAUUAGAAAAAUAGAAUGGAUGAGGCAAAUGUACUAUGCAGGAAGCCUGGAGGCUAAGGCUACUCAUCCAGAAACAUUAGGUUUAAUUCACACAGCAACAAAAGGGCUAAUAAAAAGCAUUGAAGAAGGAGGGGUAGAUUCGGUGAUGGAAUGGGAAGUAGACGAAGUGCUGAAAUGGACAAAUACACUCAACUUUGAUGAGUAUAUUACCACCUGGAAGAGAACUGCUACAAGUAACUCUUCAGCUAACCUCAACGGUUUCAGGUUUGGGCAAGCACAGAAAGAUACAUUCAACUAUGAAGAUGUAUCAGAGAUGCAAAUGGAAGCACCAUAUGAUGCUUUCUAUGAAGAUGUUUACAGAAAACCAACUGUUACUAGACUGACACCUGAUUCCACUUACAGAAUAUAAUCAGACUUUUCUAAGAUAGGGCCCUUCCAGCCCAGCAUUUGCCAGUUAAAGCAGAGAGACAGAUUGCUACUCUGACAAUGGCUUGUAUAUACUUUGCACAGAACUCUAACCCAGUUAAAGGAGACUGAACAGAAAUAUGACAUUAGGCUGAACAGUGUAGUCACAGAAAAUACAGAAAUUUUUGGUAUUCUGAGAGACUGUUGUACUGUAAUAGUCACAUUUAAAGAUAUUAUAUUUAGAUGUAAAAAAAAUCAGACUGAUAAUUUU